AUGGCCACUGAGUGCCAGGGGAGCAGCGACAACUGCCGGCCGUCGUCUGUUCUCUUCGAGAACCCAAGCAAGAGCCUUGUCGUCAUCGACAUACCCUCGUCCCUGGAGGAGAGCCAGGUUCUCCCGUCUCAAGUCCCCCGCCUUCGCAUCGUCUCCGCAGAACCCCCCGCAGCUCCGUAUCCAACCCCGGAGCCCCGGCACGGCCGAGAUGAUCCGUCGGCUGUCGCGUCUCCCGCCGCGCAGCUCGCUGAGCUCAUGACUGCUGCUGCUGUUAGUAGCGCCCUGCAGGACCUGGCCGUAUCAUACCCCGGGCCCUUCCACCGUCCCCGUGUCCUUCAACCCCAGGCUCCGUUAUUAUCCGCUCUGCCGCCUCUGCUGCCAGAGAAAGCCGAGCCUCUCCAUGGCUCUAUCGAGGCUCUUUGUGAUUCCUUUCACAUGUCAGCUCCCUUAUUCAACCUUGUCGUGCUGGAUCCGCCUUGGCCAAACCGGUCUGCGAGGAGAAAGACGGACAAGUAUGCUACCGUGCGGAAUCUCGAUGACAUGCGCAGUCUCUUGCUACACAUACCUCUGGCAUCGCAUCUCGCGCCGGACGGACUAGUUGCUGUCUGGAUCACUAACAAGCCUAGCAUCCAAGCCUUCCUGACCUCCCCGACGGGUCUGUUUGCUGCCUGGGGCCUUGAGGUUGUGACCGAGUGGACAUGGCUUAAGGUUGCCGCUUCGGGCGAGCCGCUCUACGAUGUUGACUCGGCGUGGAGGAAGCCGUGGGAGAAGCUCGUCAUCGCGAAGCGGAUCGGGAGCAAGAAGCCUGAUGCUCUCAACUCCAAAGUUAUCGUGGCAGUUCCCGACGUCCACUCGCGGAAGCCGAACCUGCGUGGUCUUUUCCAACAUAUCCUUGACGAAGGCUUUCUCGGCCUUGAGAUCUUUGCCCGCAACUUGACUGCUGGCUGGUGGAGCUGGGGAGACGAGGUGUUGCGCUUCCAGCAGCCUGAGCGCUGGAGAGAGACAGAGGGCAUGUAG